CUGGUUUUCAGUUGUGGUCGGUGGACUUGAUGGGGCAGCUGGUGCGUGUCACCUUCCACGUCCAUCUGCGCUGGAGGGACCGCCGCCUCAACUUCCGCAACCUGCAGGACAAUCCAAGCCUCAAUGUCAUUGCCGUGCUUGUCGGCCGUUCUCGGACUCCAUUCGGCCCCUUCCAUGGCUCUGUCUGGCACCCAAAAGUGCAGGUAAGAUGGCGGGGCGGCGGUGGGAUGGAGAAGGGGACAGGGAGGGAGGCACACCGUCCAUGGGCAUUGGGCACUGCUUCUGACGCCGUUUGUGUGUCGCAGGUGCAGGAUAACGAGCGGCUGGCCGGGGAGGUGGUGCCGCACGUGCAGCUCUUCGUCAGGAAGAUGUCACCCGGCCAGGACGUCAUCACAGAUUACGUGUACAAGGGAGCCGAGAACGACCUGGAAUAUUCAAUGGAGUUCGAAUCCAACGUGCACUGCGAGCUGAGCCUGGCGAUGUACCCGUUCGACUCUCAGCGGUGCUCCAUCACAGUGACCGUCACCAACGUGAUCAACCAGGCGGUGCAGUACCCGACCCUACCCCUCCACCCCGUCCACCCCGCCCUGCCGCCCCAUCCGGAGUUCAUCAUCACCGCCUUAACACUCAGAUUAGAGAACCAAAGCACCACUGGCUGCCUCACCUUCACUCUCCACCGCCGCCCAGCGCACCAUCUCUUCUCCACCUUCCUGCCCACCAUCCUUCUCCAUCUCAUCGGCUACUCCUCCUUCUUCCUGCCGCUCGACAACUUCCAGGACCGCAGCGUCAUGAGCCUUACUACUCUGCUCGCCCUCGUCGCCCUUUAUUCAGAGUCCCUCGGGGCCCUGCCCAGCACGUCCUACCUCAAGCACCUCGACAUCUGGUUUGUCUUCAGCAUCGCCUUCCUCACCGCUACCGUCAUCACGCAUCUAGGAAUCAAUGAUCACAACAGUCCCGUCACCUUCCUUCGCAAAGAGUCAUCCUGCCCUUCCCUCGCCCUGUGGCAGAGGUUGCGAUUCGAGUUUCAAAGUAGAAGCACUGACUGGAAGCUCAUGUUGGGAGCGAAGGUGGGGCUUGGAGUAACCUACGUGUUGUUUCAGUGCAUCUAUUGGGGACGUGUGUUCUCCUCCUGGUAAACUGGAAUAACUUAUCCUCUCUCCUCCUCCCUGUGACUUAACCCCUCCAAUACCAUGACGCGUUUCCAUAUUCAUUUGCUUACUACUUGGUAAUUUUAUAUGGCUUUAGAAACUUAUGUGAGAGAUUA